CCAUAGUUUGCUUCAAUCAAUCCCAGUACGAAGGAACUUGGUGAAAUACAAAGUAAGACCCGCAGCCCGCCAGGCGGUUCAUACAUAGGCAAGUAUUUUGCAGCUACCUAUCUUACCUUAGAUAGGUAGGUAAGAAGCUACAACCAGCGUGUGGCCAAAACUUCGAUGCUACAAGGUUCCCCGGUAUCCUUGACAUCACUCUCCACAUCCGACAGUCCCAGCUCCCUGAGAGAAGCUCCCCACUAGUGAAGUUGCCCAUGUCGUACUACUGGGUUCUCAUCUGAAGAGCAAGAGCUUCGUUGAAAAGAAGGUCUCGUGGCAGUUGAUUGUGACGACUCUGUCCUACGUCAAGCGCACAAGAUUAUUUUUGUUUGGUUUGUUUUCCAGCUUCUUGUCACUUGCCCUUUUUAUUAAAGGACAGAUCUUGCGCUCCUCACCCCUCCCCACAUCACAGGCACAACUUUUAUGUUGAUAGAAACAACCACGAUGGAAUUGCACCUAUAGACUUUUGAAUGACCGCUACUGCUGCUGCGACUUGAUAAUACUUACUUGCCCUGAGUUUCGUGGUCAACCAUUCAGUCGCAGUACCUCAUAUUUUCACGACUGCCGCCAAAAUGUUGUCCUUCUUCAUACUAUGCGCAAUUUUGUUCUGCGGUGCUCUUUUGAUCAUUUUACCUUCUAGGUACCUGCGCUCUUCAUCCAAGACGGGCUCAAAUUCGGAUGUGUCGGUUCAGGUUCUAGUGCUCGGAGACAUCGGAAGGAGUCCAAGAGUGCAGUACCAUGCCAUGAGCAUCGCUAAGCAUGGGGGCCGGGUUGAUCUCAUCGGCUACCAAGAAACUCCUCUUCAUCCCGAUCUACUCAAGUACCCUAAGGUCAGCGUGCGCCCACUGGACCCUCCCCCGCGUGUGCUGCGCUCAAAAUCGAUCCCCUUCAUCAUAUCGGGUCCCCUCAAGGUUAUUUGGCAGGUUUUUACUCUUAUUCAUGUCCUGGGAUACGAAACAUCGCCGGCACAAUGGCUACUCAUUCAAAACCCGCCAUCGAUUCCGACCAUGGCCAUUGCCACACUCAUUUCCAAGUGCCGCAACACUCGCCUCCUCAUCGACUGGCAUAACUAUGGCUGGACCAUUCUUUCAGGCACCCGUGGCGCCCGUCACCCAUUUGUGCGAAUCUCCAAGCUUUACGAGUGCCUGUUCGGCCGCUUCGGCAGCGCCAACCUGACCGUCACGCACGCCAUGGCAAGACAGCUCAAGCGUGCGCCGUACGGCAUCAAAUCGCCCAUAGUACCCAUGCACGAUCGGCCCGCGGCAAUCUUCAAGCCCCUAAGCGAUCCCAUGGCGAAGCUGGAAAUUCUCAGUCGCAUCCUCGAAUCCCGCGACCUGGCGGCUGCCAUAGUUGAUAGGCGCAUGCGCCUCAUCGUAAGCAGCACGUCCUGGACCCCUGACGAGGACUUCAACCUGCUCCUCAGCGCCCUCGUGCAGUAUGCAAACAGCAUGCAAGACGACAGCCAGACCGUUGUGCCUGUCGUGGCUGUCAUCACGGGCAAGGGGCCGCAGAAAGCCAUGUACGAAGCAAAGAUUAACAAGAUGACUGAGGACGGACUGGUACCCAACGUCACGAUCCGAACUGCGUUCCUAUCAUUUGAGGACUAUGCCGCUCUCUUGGCUUCUGCGGACUUGGGUGUAUGUCUACACAUGUCGAGCUCGGGCGUUGAUUUGCCCAUGAAGGUUGUGGACAUGUUCGGGGCAGGGCUCCCAGUGGUGGCCUACUCGUCCUACGAGAGUUUCUCGGAGCUCGUUCGCGAGGGUGAGAAUGGUCGCGGUUUCGAGACCGCUGGCGAACUGGCUGCUGAGCUUACACGUCUGCUCAGCGUCGAGGGCCAGGACGAAUUGAAGCAUCUCCGUCAAGGUGCCGUGUUGGAAGGCAGCAGGCGAUGGGAUGAAGAAUGGGAUGCAUCGGUCGCGCGUGUCCUGGGUCUUAUCGAUGGAUAAAGGACUUGUUGGCACGAAUGACUUUUACAGCAUUGCGAUGGGCGUUGGUUUCUGAUCUAUUAAGUUCUGAUUCUUCCGAAGGACGAGAGGCUGAAUUACACUGAGGCGCAAAACGGGGCCCUGGUAAACAGUGGCGAAUAUUCGAAACUUGUGGAAUUAUCAAUAUUGAAAAAUGACACGCUGAAACGUGAACUGUUCUCUCGGAGACGUGAAAUCACGAUAUUGAACAAAGUCACAGAGCCUACCAACCCAUAACCUCCAUAACGCCGUGCCCGGUCAAUCAUGCUGCCCAUGUGAUACCACCAGACCAUGCUUCAAGAAACGUCGCCUCCUGCUGCGUGCCCUAUAAGUCCUCUCCCGUACUCUCACGAACACAUUUCCUUACGAUUUUCCUGAACUCUUUUGGGUCUUCCCUGAGCAACCUUGCCGCCUCGACGUUGGCCGGGCUUUCAACGUUCAAAUCAGAAAACAAACUGAUGACGCUCAGCAGUAUUGUCUCGGGAGUUUGUACAGGGCUCCAGCGCUCCGAUGCUGCCUCGUAACCAUACUUAUCUUCUUCGGGCGGGUGGAGGAUGCUGAUGCAGAGCACACCGUUAUCGUAAAUGUUUGGGUGGAAAGGUAUCGGCUUCUGAAACGUCAUGCUCGGUGGAAGAUGAGGGUAUGUCGGGGGAAAGGAGAGACGGGCUCGGAAGUUGGCGCCACCGUAGAAUUUUACAUCGUCGUCGAUCAUAAGCAUGACAUUCCAUUCGAAAAGGUUGGAGUCGUUGACUAGACCAACUGAGAACCUUGGAUUGUUGUCUCUCUGCAUCUGUUUAAGCUGCCGGCCUAAGAGUAGGGCGGCUGCUGAUGUUGACUGAGAUGAAGACGAGGCGCCGUUGUAAGACAUGACUGCGAGAGUAUGGCGGCAGGCGCACCCCCUAGAUUACACCGGUACUCCACGAGGGCUUUUUCGUUCCAGUCCAGGGGCCUGAUGUGAUUCGCGGGUAGAGAGGUACCUAAGAUAAGGUAAGGUAGGUAAGAUAUAUAUGUAUACUCUAUGGCAACUGCAGACCGAGCGCUUCUUGAAGGUAGGUAUUCCCAAAGCACAGAAAGAGACGACGGUAUAGACCAGUCUAGUCUGUAUAUGUGUAGUAUGGUGCAGAGCGGAAGUUGCCUGGCGGUCACGCGGCCUUUGGUGGACUAGAAUCUUCAACCAGCGGCUUAGUACCUUAGUCGAGGCGGCGACAAGCGGCGACCAGGGUUAAAAUGUGUCGGGCGGGGUAGUGACAAAUCGGGUGCAGGUGGUUGAGUUUUGCGACGCUUGAUGCAGGAUCGGGUAUGUAUAUCAUGAAAGUGUCCUGGCAAUAAAUUAAAAAAUGGACCAACAGGAUCGUCCAAGUAUGAUCUCAUCUACCUAGUCACAAACAACGAGGUUGAAAGACAGAAGCGUUCCAAAUUGCAGUUG